AUGCCCGCCCUGAGGUACGCACCUCAAGCGAGAGAACCGAUCCUGGCGGACAGCAUCACGGUCAUUCUUUCGCCUCAAUCCGACGGCGCCUCCGAUUCAUUUGACACACGAGUUCGGCGACAGGUGUCUCUCAUUGACAGUGGUAAGUAUAACAAUCAUGCUUUAAGUCGCCCUGGUGCUGAUUGUAGGAAAGAUGACGACCACCAUCCUCUCCCGUACGAGACAGAGAUCCGGCCUCCCCAUGAGUUCAGCUACGAAGGUGCGCUGAAUAAGCUGAUCAACCUCCCUACUCUCGAUGGAAAUGAGCAUGCUUCCGAACUCUUCGUCCCAGGCGAACCCGUCACGUUUGAUGAAGACUUUCAACCCGAAGAGUUAGGUUUAACCAAACGCCGUGGCAAGCUGUUGCAGAUCUCCUCCUGGCUUGACUUAAACAACAAAGUCAGCAUCGGCUGCGCUGGUGCCAUCAUUGGUUACUUGCAGCGAAAGAGAUCUGCGAGGUAUCAGCCUCGUGAUCCAGCUGCCAACUCAGUCUUCCGCGUGGUGAAGCUUGAGAUGUUUAAUCUGAGAGGAACAAUGCUGGUGAACGUGGAUGCCCUGAUAUCGCUGCAAAUAAUACAGCCUGAGACGCAUCCCGCGGCCCACAAGCAAGGUUCGGCAGCCAAAGAGCCACUUUCGAUCCACGGACUGUUUCAGAAGCACGUCAAAACACCUCAAGGGAAGCAGCUCUUGCGACAAGCGUUCCUCAGACCGUCGCUGGAAGUUGAUCCGAUCAACUCUCGCCUCGACAUUGUCUCGAUCUUCGUCCGUCCGGACAAUGAAGAAGCAUGCCGCAAGCUCAGCAAGAACCUCAGCAAGGUCAAGAAUAUGAGGGCCACGGUCACUCUGCUCAAGAAAGGCAUCGACAGCGGCAAGCAGAAGCACAAUGCGUUUAAGAGUGGAGUCUGGGCAUCGCUGCUCGACUUCUGCUACCAUACGAUCGAGAUCGCGGAUACGUUGCAGGAAGUGCUCGGAGCCGAUCGUCUCCCACUGUGCGUCGUCGCUGCGGACGUGCUGGACCGAUAUCAUCUCCAAAGGCUCGGCCGGAUGGUGUACGAGAUGGUGGAUCUGGAUGCCUCGACCGACCAGCAGCGGACCGUCAUCAAGCCGGGCAUCAACGACCAACUGGACGAAGUCAAGAACGUCUAUGAUGGCAUGAACGACAUCUUGACCACUAAGGCCGUCGAGAUGGCUCGGGCCCUGCCCGCGGGAGUCAACGUCGAUUUGCAGGUCACUUAUCUGCCCCAUAUGGGCUUUCAUCUGGGGGUCCCUCUGGACCUGACCUCCGGACAGCCGGUGUACGAUGGCCGGGAACUCGGGUGGCAGCGCACCUUCAACACCGACAAGCAGGUCUACUUCAAGAACGGCGCGAUGCACGAACUGGACGAGGACCUUGGCGACCUGUAUGCCGUGAUUUGCGAUUUCGAGAUUGAAAUCGCCUACGAUCUUGCCCAGAAGGUCCUUGAGGACGAAAAGCUGUUGGUCGCCGUGUCCGACUUGUGUGGCGAACUCGAUUGCAACCUGGCGUUUGCCCACACGGCGCGCCAGUUCAAGCUGACGCGGCCCAUGAUCACAGAAGAAAACAUCAUCGAAAUCAAGGGGGGUCGGCAUUUGCUACAGGAGAUGAGUGUGGCCUCAUUCGUUCCUAAUGACACCUUUCUGGUCGGCGGCGGCGGCGGCGGCAUUGAAGGUCCGAGCAUGUUGAUUCUGACCGGGCCCAACUAUUCGGGAAAAUCGGUCUACCAGAAACAAGUUGCUCUGGCAGUCUACAUGGCUCAAGUGGGAUCUUAUGUACCAGCCGACUCCGCCACCAUUGGCAUCACCGACAAGAUCUAUACUCGCAUUACUACCCGAGAAUCCGUGUCAAAGAUUGAGUCCGCAUUCAUGAUCGACAUGCAGCAGAUUGCCAUGGCUCUCAAUUCAUGUACAAGGCGGAGUUUGGUGGUGAUUGAUGAGUUUGGGAAAGGCACGGACUCGUGUGACGGUGCCGGACUUGCUGCUGGAGUGUUUCAGUACCUGUCGUCGCUCGAAGCCGAAUCUCCCAAGGCUCUCGUGGCCACUCACUUCCACGAGAUAUUCGAUUUGGGCUUAUUCGACGAGGCUCAAAACAUUACUUUUGCGCAUAUGGAGGUCCGAGUCGACGAACAUCGCAGUCGUCACCAAGGGUGUACCAGCACCGAGGUCACUCAUCUGUAUAAUCUCCGACCAGGGCGGAGCGAUACAUCGUAUGGUGUCCAAUGUGCCGCUCAAAAUGGGGUUCCUGGAGAAGUGGUCGAACGCGCCACGGAGCUUGCUCGAUUAUCGCGCAAAGGAGAGGAUCUGGUCGCGAUAUGUUCUGCUUUGAGUCAAGCCGAGUCGGAGGAUGUCCGAUUGGCGCAGUUGACGGCGGAGUUAUUUAUGGAUCAAGACCUUGAUCAAGAAAUGACAAAAGAAGACUUGAUGUCAGCCCUUGAUGCCAUGCUGGAGAGGGGAGUACGAGAGAUGGAUUCGUGA